UACAUAACACCAACACGCAGUAUCUGCAGCUACAGGCAGUCAUUCCUGCUUCACUUUCCUGCCGACCAGCACUUUCACGUCUUGGAGCCUCCACUUUCUCCAUCGAGCUGCUUUUCCUUCGAGCAUGGCGGAUUACUUAAUCAGCGGCGGCACAGGCUACGUUCCUGAAGAUGGACUCUCAGCUCAGCAGCUCUUCUCAAUCGGAGAUGGCCUUACAUACAACAGAUCUGACCAACAGUGCGUUGUCUCCGAUGGUCAUACGGCUGAAGAGCUAUGCUCUAAAGGAGAUGGGUUGACUUACAAUGACUUCCUGAUUUUACCGGGCUUCAUCGACUUUACCUCAGACGAAGUGGACCUGACAUCAGCGCUGACCAGGAAGAUCACACUGAAGACCCCUCUCAUCUCGUCCCCCAUGGACACAGUCACAGAGUCAGCCAUGGCAAUCGCUAUGGCGCUAAUGGGAGGCAUCGGCAUCAUUCACCACAACUGCACACCAGAAUUUCAAGCCAAUGAGGUCCGCAAGGUUAAGGUUAUGAGGUUUGAGCAGGGUUUUAUCACAGACCCUCUUGUGAUGAGUCCACGCCACACAGUCGGGGAUGUGUUUGAGGCCAAAGUGAGACAUGGCUUCUCUGGUAUCCCUGUCACAGAGACAGGCAAAAUGGGCAGCAAGCUGGUGGGCAUUGUCACCUCCAGAGAUAUCGACUUCCUUUCUGAGAAAGACCACGACAAACCUCUUGAGGAGGCCAUGACAAAGAGGGACGAGUUGGUGGUGGCUCCAGCGGGUGUGACACUGAAAGAGGCCAACGAUAUUCUGCAGCGCAGUAAAAAAGGCAAGCUGCCCAUUGUAAAUAAUAAUGACGAGCUGGUGGCAAUUAUCGCCAGGACGGAUCUGAAGAAGAACAGGGACUACCCGCUGGCCUCCAAAGACUCGCGCAAACAGCUGCUGUGUGGCGCCGCCAUCGGCACCAGGGAGGACGACAAAUACAGACUGGACCUGUUAGUGCAGGCUGGAGUGGAUGUGGUCGUACUGGACUCUUCACAAGGCAACUCGGUGUAUCAGAUCAACAUGAUAAAUUAUAUUAAACAGAAGUAUCCAGACUUGCAAGUGGUGGGAGGAAAUGUGGUUACAGCAGCCCAGGCCAAGAACCUUAUCGAUGCCGGUGUCGAUGCUCUGAGAGUCGGCAUGGGCUGCGGCUCCAUCUGCAUCACACAGGAAGUCAUGGCGUGUGGACGGCCCCAGGGGACCUCGGUGUACAAGGUAGCAGAGUACGCCAGGCGCUUCGGGGUGCCAGUCAUCGCUGACGGUGGCAUUCAGACUGUGGGCCACGUGGUGAAGGCUCUGUCUCUGGGAGCAUCGACUGUUAUGAUGGGCUCGUUGCUAGCGGCAACCACAGAGGCUCCAGGAGAGUAUUUCUUCUCAGACGGCGUGCGGCUGAAAAAGUACCGCGGUAUGGGCUCCCUGGACGCUAUGGAGAAGAGCACCAGCAGCCAGAAACGCUAUUUUAGUGAGGGCGACAAGGUGAAGGUAGCCCAGGGUGUGUCAGGCUCGGUCCAGGACAAGGGCUCCAUCCACAAGUUUGUACCUUACCUGAUAGCUGGUAUCCAGCAUGGCUGCCAGGACAUCGGGGCGAAGAGUCUUUCUGUCCUCCGUUCUAUGAUGUACUCUGGAGAGCUGAAGUUUGAGAAGAGGACCAUGUCUGCACAGGUGGAGGGAGGAGUUCAUGGACUCCACUCUUACGAGAAGCGGCUUUACUGAACGGGGGGGAUAGAGUGCAGCUCAGCAGUGCACGUGACAUACCCAAUCUAACAGUGACCAAAUGUUAAAUCGCCACUUCUGCUAAAAUACGCACCACCCACUACACCCUCUCUGCCUUCCCCUGCAUCGUACCCACAGUUACUCUCUCUCUGAUCCAAGCCUGCUGCUUUGGGGAGGAUAAGAGGCAACGUAGCGAAGUGAGAAUCUUCACACCUGACUCUGAACACCUGGGAUUUUGCACUCAAGAAGCGGCGCAUCAGGGUUUUCGGAAUGACAUACACACACACCUGUAUCGAGUAUGCAGCCGGUCCCACUUUUGCGUGUGUGUUGAUAAUAAUGACAAAAUGAGCUGAGUGUGUGUUUGGUGGAUUAUGAGUGUGUGUGAAAUAGUUUAAGCCGUUUGUUGGGACAAACAAAGUGAAGGUGCACUGUGUUUUCUUGUCCUGUUAAUAUUAGCUAAACCAGCCAUGGUGCAGAUCCCAUCAGCACCUUUUUUCUUUUUUUUUUUUUUGUGGCUUUUUUGGGAUGCACGCUUACCAGCACACCCCCUCGUUAGAAGCCUCUCCCACUUCUUAAACACACGAGUACAUACGUGCAGAAAGCAAGACACAACACUUGUCUCUCUAUGUGCAGUGUGUCCGUAUAUCGUGGCAAUGUUACUAUUUGUUUGCAUUUUAAGUCAUCACAGGUCCAAGCUACUUGAUGAACAGUAGCUGCUUAUAGCUCAGUGCAUAUUGUUUACUUCCUGUGUUGUGGAUCCUGAGGUACGAGAUAUUGGCCAUGGUGAUUGUCCUGUUGACUUUGUAUCCUCCAGUGUCGCCUACAAUCAGUAGACAGAACCCAGACCUGCAGUCUUUCCCACUGUGAACUUUCAUUUCCCCUUCAAAGACAUCUUGAGCCAAAUAACCAGUGUCCCAUCUCAGUGCAUAGUGUUCAUACGUUGAGCAUGGAAGGGACCAAAAGCUGAAGAAUCAGGUUUGUUUAAGAGAAGAAAACCUAAAAUGUUUCAAAUCAAUCAAAAAGUAGUUCGUAGUGAAGAGGAGGACAAUCUCUCUGCCCAUAAUUUGAAUACUUUUACAUAAAACUAACUUUAUAUAAUACCUGUAUAGUCUUGGGGGCAUUGAGUUGAAUUGAGCAUGAAGUGUUUUUGAUAUGCAUGUUUGUUUUUUCACUCAGCCAAACAUGGCUAUAUUUAUAUUCUGCUUUGUUGUAACUGCAUACAUACUGCCAAGUGUAUUUACACUUCCUCUGACACUCUUCUUUUUGUAACUUCAAAACCAAAAUUAGCGCAACAAGUCUCUUGUUACCUUGUCUUUGUGCAUUCCUUCGUUCUCGCAGCGUGGCAUAGGUUUAUUUCUGAUGUAUUUGUUUUGUUUUACCAGAGAUAUGCCUUGAACGGGGGAUGGAUAAAGGCUGCACAGCUCAGUGAAAAUUCAAAAUGCUACACACCCUCUCGCCUCCUUUUCUUACUUUGAAGCAGUAUUGCUCUGUUUUUAUCAUUCAGCUUAUGUAGGACUAUGCUUUUCUAACGUUUUCAUACUGGAUGUCUGUGCGGCCAGAUGUAAUUUUUUUUUUUUAUUUUAAUAAAAAGUCCCAGAUUGUAAGAGGUGAGUUGCUUUCUCUAACGUGCUAAUGUACUUUACCCUGCACAGGGUUCACUUGACUAACAAACAAAAGUCUUGCAAUUGGACGAAAUUGCAAGAAAGUGUACAUGAAAAUAUAUGGAGAAAUAUAUACCUAUAUUCAGAUGGAAAUGACGGCUGUUUUCAAUUUCACAUCUAAAGAGAAAAUUCAGGUUUAUAAAAUGUGUUAUUUGCAGAGUACUGAGUCUUGUUAGUCCAUCUACAGAGCACAAAUAUAGUGUUAAAUGAGAUACUGGGUUUACAGUUGUUUGUUUUUUGACUUUAGUGUUGCACUUUUUUAUGAUUUCAGCUUCACUUUAUUGCAAUAUGUUGCCAGAACACAGUGGGGGCAUCUGUAACCAACAACCAAAACAAGAAGCAAGGGCUUUGUAGAUGGACAGAAAAGACUCAGUAUUCAAUAAAUCCAUUAGGGGUUUUUGAGGAAUAUCACUUCAGAACAUGUUUACAGUAAAACACUCAACAGAGGAAAGUUGCUUUUGCUGUUCAAUAUGGUAAAAAAUAAAAAUAAAAAAAGAAUAAACAAAUCAAACUGUGUGUGGGACUACUGUCUUCUUGAAAGUGAGUUGCAAAGUCUCGCAUGAACCGCAAUUUAAAAGGAGACAAAUGUUAUAAAACAAUCUUUAUUAAACAAUGUG